GUAAGAUGGCUGCCCACGGGGGCUCCGCGGCGGCGGCGGCGCUGAAGGGGUUAAUUCAGCAGUUCACCGCCAUCACCGGUGCAAGUGAAAGUGUAGGAAAACAUAUGCUUGAAGCUUGUAACAACAACCUGGAGAUGGCCGUCACUAUGUUUUUGGAUGGAGGAGGAAUUGCUGAAGAGCCCAGUACCAGUUCAGCAAGUGUCUCGACUGUCAGACCACACACAGAAGAAGAAGUUCGUGCUCCAAUUCCUCAAAAGCAAGAAAUAUUGGUGGAGCCAGAGCCUUUGUUUGGUGCUCCUAAAAGGCGAAGGCCAGCACGUUCAAUAUUUGAUGGUUUCCGAGACUUUCAAACUGAAACUAUUAGGCAGGAACAGGAAUUAAGAAAUGGAGGAGCAAUAGAUAAGAAACUAACCACCCUUGCAGAUCUAUUCCGGCCCCCAAUCGACUUGAUGCACAAGGGCAGCUUUGAAACAGCCAAAGAGUGUGGCCAGAUGCAGAAUAAGUGGCUGAUGAUAAACAUCCAGAAUGUACAAGAUUUUGCAUGCCAGUGCCUCAACCGUGAUGUGUGGAGUAAUGAAGCUGUGAAAAAUAUUAUCCGGGAACAUUUCAUUUUCUGGCAGGUUUAUCACGACAGCGAGGAAGGUCAGAGAUACAUACAGUUUUAUAAGUUAGGGGAUUUCCCCUAUGUUUCCAUCUUAGAUCCACGGACAGGUCAGAAGCUAGUAGAGUGGCACCAAUUGGAUGUAUCUUCUUUCUUGGACCAAGUAACAGGGUUUCUGGGUGAACACGGGCAACUGGAUGGACUUUCUAGCAGCCCCCCCAAAAAGUGUGCUCGAUCAGAGAGCCUCAUAGACGCCAGUGAAGACAGCCAACUGGAAGCUGCCAUCAGAGCCUCCUUGCAGGAGACACAUUUCGACUCAGCACAGCCCAAACAGGAUAGCCGCUCAGAUGAAGAAUCUGAAUCGGAACUUUUUUCUGGCAGUGAGGAAUUCAUAUCGGUUUGUGGCUCUGAUGAAGAAGAGGAGGUAGAGAAUCUUGCUAAGUCCAGAAAGUCUCCUCAUAAAGAUUUGGGGCAUAGAAAAGAGGAGAACAGAAGGCCACUGACAGAGCCCCCAGCCAGAACUGAGCCUGGCACAGCCACAAACCAUCAAGGAUUGCCAGCCAUGGAUUCUGAGGUCUUGGAGAUGUCACCUGAAAAGUCAGAUGGAAUAGUGGAGGGGAUAGAUGUAAAUGGACCAAAAGCACAGCUGAUGCUGCGGUACCCAGAUGGAAAAAGGGAGCAGAUCACUCUUCCAGAGCAAGCCAAAUUACUGGCUUUGGUGAAGCAUGUCCAGUCUAAAGGAUAUCCAAAUGAACGCUUUGAACUCCUCACCAACUUCCCUCGGAGGAAGCUUUCUCAUCUGGACUAUGAUAUUACCUUACAAGAGGCUGGCCUCUGUCCUCAAGAGACUGUCUUUGUACAGGAAAGGAAUUAACAUCAUGGCCUGACCUCUCUCAGCUUACCCCUUUUUCUCUUUUCCUGUGAGAUACCAUGUCACUAAGUAUGCAUCUUGGCUCAUAGGACUAUAGAGCCAGUGCUGGGCAAGCAAGUCACCUGCCUUUUCUUUUUCUCUUUCUGUCAUUUGUCAGUCAGUCUCCUUCCUUCCCCCUUAUCUCUGUCUUCUUUCUUCCUCCUUUUUCUCACUUUGUUCUUUCUUACCAAAUGUGUUGACCAAAUGGACGUGUAAGAAUAAGAAUAACAUCUCUUCUAGAAUUGGCAGCAGGAAAUGUGUGUUCUAAUAAGUGGUCUUUUGCAUGACACCUUUUGGGGACCUAGUGAUGUUACUACUUCCUCGACUCUGUUGACAAAGAAUGGCUAGAAUCAGAAUUAAAAAUAGACCCCAUUUUUGGUAGGAAAAAGAAAUUCUUUUAACAUGCAUUCUGUUCAUGUAGGAAGAUGUCAUAAUGAAACAUCCAGGCUUUUGUUUACGUGGGGAAAGCAUCCUUUAUAAUGUUGGUCAUAUUUAAAAUUCCCCUCAAGGAUUCCCAUCUUCUAGUUACAAGCUAUUUCCAUGAUGUGUGUUAUUGGCAGAAUCAGUGCUCAGUGUACUGUGUGUAGCACAGGGUGGCUUUCAAUGUCCUAGCCUGAGACAGUUUCCUUUGUUAUUUACUCUCUCAAUUUUAUUCCUCUUUCCAGUCCUAGGAUGAAACUUUAGUAAGCAUCUUGUGUCUGGGCUAGUAAGGUGCUUGCUGUUUUUGUCUUCAGAGCAAAUUAGUUCCUUUGGCUCCAUUGUCUGAGUCUAAUGUAUUCUGUAGAAAGGCAGGUGUUCAAUAAUCAUGUAGUGCAAUGGCUUUGUAAUUGUAACCACUGUGGUUAUUGAUUGUCCUAUGUGCUUAAGGCAUACUUCAGUGUGUU